GCGUUAUAUUCGGAUCUAUUUAAUUACAAACCAACGCUAGUCGUAGCCCGGGUGUUAAGCUGUAAUGUCACGUGCAUAUGUAUUUUUGAGCCUACAUUAAUACUUAAGGUGAUAAUACUGCACAGUUGGUCGUAGGGUGGACCGCAUUUGGGAAGGUUUUUUUUUGUAUGAAGGCACCUCUGUGGACGGUUUGACAAAGCUGCAGAAGACGACGCUGUCUACCCGAGUAUGAUCCGCUUUCCCUGGCGCACACAGGGAACAGAAAAUAGAAGGUAGUUAUGGACAGAUUAUGGAGGACACUGCAGAGAUGGCCCUAAGGAAGAAGCUGCAUCUCAGUUUGGUUUACGGGCACAGGUACAAAAGAUUUAAUAAUGAAGAAGCUAAAGAGAAGAAGUUGUCAGAUUGCAUGCUGCAGAGGCAGAAAAAGGAGCAGUUCCUCCAACCACACAGACCAGGAUAUUCUUCUCCGCUCUCCCUCCCCAUGUAGACUUAACUUCUCCACGUCCAGAGACACACUCACAUAUGCCCAGUCUCAGAAAAUGGUAGAGGUAGAACUUGAGGGGAGAGUUCAUCGAAUUAACAUUUCUGAACCGCUUAAAGUCAUUACAGAGGAUGAGAUGCUGGCGCAGGACCUGGCAGAGUUCAACAGCAACAAAGAGAACAGCGAGCAGAUAACAAGCUAUGCCCAGCGAGACAACACGGUCUCCUUACCUAAGGACAGGAGAAAAGACAACAAACACAGUGGCAAGAUUAGACGAUCUGGUAGCCAACACUACACCCACAACCAUUUAAGCUCUGCUUAUUACACUCAGUUAAUGAGUCCAUUACCUAAACCCACCUUCCAGCGGGUGGAAACUUACUCGCCAUCAGAAGCUCGUCCUCUUCCUGUGGCAUACUACCGCUACGUGGAAAAGUCCACUGAAGAGACAGAGAUGGAGGCAGAGUAUGACAUGGAUGAGGAAGACACGGCUUGGCUAGAGAUUGUCAACCAAAAACGUGUGUCAGAUGGGCAUGCCUCAGUCUCUCCUGACACAUUUGAAUUAUUGAUUGACAGGUUGGAGAGGGAAUCCAUAGUGGAGUCCCGGAGCCAGGCCUUGUCCCAGAGUGCCAUCGAUGAGGAUGCUUACUGCUGUGUGUGCCUGGAGGACGAGUGCCUCAACAGCAAUGUCAUCCUGUUUUGUGACAUCUGCAACUUGGCUGUCCACCAGGAGUGUUACGGCGUACCCUACAUACCCGAAGGCCAGUGGUUAUGCCGUCGCUGCCUGCAGUCCCCCUCCCGGCCUGUGGACUGCGUCCUUUGCCCAAAUAGAGGGGGUGCCUUUAAACAGGCCAGCGAUGGCAGCUGGGCCCAUGUAGUUUGUGCUAUCUGGAUUCCCGAAGUUUGCUUUGCUAACACGGUAUUCCUCGAGCCUGUAGAAGGAGUGAAUAACAUCCCCCCUGCAAGAUGGAAGCUUAUUUGCUACCUGUGCAAACAGAGAGGAAGGGGGGCAUCCAUUCAGUGCCACAAGACCAGCUGCUACCGAGCAUUUCAUGUCACCUGCGCUCAACGAGCCGGGCUCUUUAUGAAGAUCGAGCCAGUGCAGGACACUGGCAACAACACUUCAUUCACUGUGAAGAAGACUGCCUUCUGUGGGAACCAUUCUCCUCUUGGAGCACAAUUGGGGUUCAAUGAAGAGCAUGGAGGCUUCAUAGGGGGUAGAGGACAAAGGUCAUAUACUCUAGGACCCACAGUUCAACAAAAUCAGCAUGGGAGUAAAAAGGGUUUCGUCACGAAGCAAAAAAAGACCAGAAAGAAUGGAAGUGUAGAGUCGAUCAAGUCAGCAGUGCCUUUAUUCCUCGUACCGCAAAUCCCAUCCUACAGGCUUAAUAAGAUUUGCACAGGUGUGCCAGUACAAAGGAAAAACCAGUUCAUGCAGAGGCUUCAUAAUUAUUGGCUGCUGAAACGGCAUUCCCGUAAUGGAGUUCCACUCAUCCGUCAGCUCUACUCGUACCUACAGGUUCAGAAGAUUGAAAAGAGGGAGCCAAAUGCGAAGGUGCAGGCAUUGAGGGGAGAGCUAAAAUACUGGCAGAAGCAGCGGCAGGACCUAGAGAAAGCUCGACUCUUAAUCGAGCUCAUCCGCAAGAGAGAGAGGCUUAAACGUGAACAGCUAAAACUGCAGCAAGUGACUAUGGAGCUCCAGCUUACUCCGGCCUUAGUACUACUGCGCUCCACACUGGAGCAACUGCAAGAGAAAGACACUGCUUGCAUCUUCAUAUCACCUGUCAAUCUGUCCAAGGUUCCAGAUUAUCUGGAGUUUGUUUCUGAGCCCAUGGACUUCUCUACCAUGCGUGAAAAGCUGGAGGCACAUAAGUACUCCUCUGUGGCAGAUCUGGAAGCUGACUUCAACUUAAUGGUGUCUAACUGCCUGCGGUAUAAUUCCAGUGAUACCGUGUACCACAAAGCUGCCAAGCAGCUUAAGGAGGUGGGUGGCGCUAUCUUGCGGCAUGCCCAGCGUCAGGCUCUCAGCUCCGGCUUUGACAUUUCCACAGGCAUGCAUCUUCCAACAUCCACCAGCAAAAGGAAAUCCAGCCAGCCUUGCUGGGACAAGGUGGACAUGCUUUUGGACCCUGGAAAUUGUCUCCACUUGUCUCCAGAGACCCGGCUGAAACAGCUGCUUGAAAAGUUGGACAUGGUGACGUCCAUGUGUGCCAGUGGAGGACGCACUAAACGUCUGCGACUGCUGCGCAGGGAAAUCAACAGUUUACGGCGCAAGCUCAGCUGCCAGCGGAAAACCUCACGAAUGCUUAGUGGAGACAUAAAAAUGGAAGACAAGCGUGAGGAGGAUACACAGAUUGAAAAAAAUGAUUACGCACCAGCCAUUCCAGGGGACGCUCCACCAAAUUCUCCUGUCUUCUGCACGGAAAAAGGAGGAAUGACCACCCACGGCCAGUUGUAUAAAGAGCAAGGAAACAGAAGUAGGGGGAGAGGCAGAGGCAAGGUGAAAUCUCCCAGUGAAGUUUCUGCCCAUACAGAAGGAGGAGAUGAUAAACUUCAUCUGAAAGAACGACACACUUUGGGUUUGACAAAUGGUCUUAAAAAAAGGGGGGAUAGUCUAACAGACUCGGAGAACUGUUUUGCUGCUUUUGAAAACAUCAGUUCUUCACCACCCAAAGUCACUCAAGGCAGAACAUCUUUAAACAAGGAGAGAGGGAACACAAAGGCUGAUUCAGAAGAGUCCAGCCUGAAGCCUCUCAGCUUGGUCUGGGCUAAAUGUAGGGGGUAUCCCUCAUAUCCUGCCAUGAUGGUAGAUCCACACAUGUCCAAAAAAGGAAGUCUUCAAAAUGGCAUUGUAAUCCCAGUACCACCGAAAGAAGUGCUAAAACUGGGUGAGCGCAGACAGAUGGAGACUGAGGACAAGCUUUUUCUUGUGCUGUUCUUUGACACAAAAAGAACUUGGCAGUGGCUACCAAUCUGCAAACUCCAUCCGAUGGGAAUCGAUGACACUGUGGAUAAACUUCGCCUGACGGAAGGCAAGAAACCAAAUGUGCGGAAGUCUGUACACAUGGCGUACGAGCGAGCGAUGAGGCAUCUCAGGCAUGUGCGUUCAGAUAUGAACUUUAACCCCACAUCUUUUAUUUAAAUCGAUUGAGCUCAAUGCUGUCAUCUUGUGGGAAAAGUUGUAAGAUAUCCGCAUGAUAACUUGUAUACUAUGAAUAGACAUCAGGGUCGGGUGUCUUUUUAUCUUGCAGGGGUCCAGGGACUUUUUGAUUUUCAGACAGGCUGUGUUUUGAUUCAUGUGACCACUGGCAAGCAAUAUAAAAAAUGUACAUCUUUAAAAAAUAUAUAUAUUAUUUUCAAAAGUAAAACCAUAAGGAGAUAAUUGCAGUGUUAAGCCCUAAAUGAAGCCAAAUAAAUUGUUAAUAAUGUGUUGGCUUAGUUGGAUUAAAAAAACAUCCAUGUGUACAUUUCCAUGCAAAUAGAGUAAAUUGAUUGAGGUUGAGUAUAAGAAUCUGCAUGUUUGUUUGAGUCAGGUUUCCUGGUGGAAUAAGGUCUUAUAAAAAAAAAUAAAGUGUUUAUUUAAAUUUACUCAAGAUAAGUGUGAGAUGUAAAGGGUAGUGUGAUGGUUGGCAAACAGCCUUAAGAGCCUUUAUGUGCAUUCAAAUGUCAUGUUUUAGCUACGAUACUUGCAUUUAUUACUUAGUGCUCUUUAUCUUAAAACUUUGAUGUAUUAAAUUUGCAUUCACGGGUUUGUUGUUUUUAUGGCUUUAUUUCUCGAGAGGACUUUUUAAAAUCCUAAAAUGAAGGGUUUUUUUUUUUUUUCUUUUUUGGCAUGUAAUUGACAGAUUUUGGGACAUACCCUGCUUUUGUAUAUUUUAAAGCAUGUGUGUAAAAAAUAUUCUUUUGUUUUUAAAACAAAAAAUGUAAAUCAAGUACUGCGUAAAACUGUACAUUUUAUUUUAAUUUAUAUUGUGCAGUUACACAAUUAUUUAAUAGUAAUUGAGGAGAUAUCAAUCAUAACAGUGCUCUGCAGUAUUCGGAAAGUAGCUGCAUACACAAGUUUAAAAAAAAAGUAAGUAGGUCCAUGUAUCUUGUUUACAAAGUAAAAUAGACAAACCUUUUUUUAAAGCCUGUUACUGUAAAUCAACUUAACGUGCCCCACCAUGCCUGUAAUCAUUUUGUGAAAAGGGAAAUAAAUGAUAUUUUGCUCCACA